UGUACGUACUAUAGACAUCUACGUACGCAAAUUAACCAAGUUUAUUUUUGCCAUCAGAUCUGAAAGUACGGAGUAGUGAUACUAAAUAUUAGUGACUCUCUCAAAUAUAUCAUGUUAGCAUUGUAUGCUUCCUCACAAUCAAUGGCUUUAUUAGAAGAUCAUAGGAGAGCCAUUGAUCACUUUACAGAUUCAUUCACCUUUUAUGAUCAAAAUAUCGACAUUCAAUCUCUUCUCCAUCAGCCUCCGCCGUCCACGACAGCUGUCACCGGUGACGACCCCACGAUCGUUAAGAAGCUAUGUCACAAUGCUAGUGAACGUGAGCGUAGGAAGAAACUCAACAGUUUGUAUGCCUCUCUCCGCUCUCUUCUUCCGCCUCCGCCUGCUGAUCGAUUAAUGAAAAAGCUAAGCAAUCCAUCCACAAUUUCACGAACCAUAAUGUACAUACCUGAGCUUCAAAAUCAAGUGAAAGGACUAAUUCAGAAAAAGGAAGAGCUCUUAUCGUGCAUUUCAAGGAGAUCAGUGGAGCUUAUUUAUGAAGAAAGGCAUAAGAAAAGCUCCUCAGCUUAUUGGAGAACUUUGUCUAAUGUUUCAGCCAGUAGGCUUAAUGAGAGAGAAUUAGUCCUUCAAAUUUCCUCAUUUAAGGUUCAACAAACUCCAUUAUCCCAUAUUCUGGUUGAUCUAGAGGAAGAUGGCUUUCCAGUACUAAACGCAACUUCUUUUGAGUCGUUUGGAGGGAGGGUCUUCUAUAACAUUCAUUUACAGGUAGAAAAGACUUACAAAAUGGGUGCAAACAACUCGAAUGGGAAUUUUUUAUCAUCGUAAUCACUAAUUGUUAUUUCACCAUGAUAAUAUGCAUGUUAAUUCAUUGGUUAUUUUGUUCAUGUGUUUUUUGGCUACUAUAGAGAUGUCUGGUAUCUCGAAAUGAAUUGUAUCUCAUUCUCACUACUUGAGAUUGAGAUAUUCUCAAGUGUUGUAAUUUGUUGUAGUUAUUAUUUAAUUAAUAUAUUAAGCUUUCC